AUGAAAACGAGAUCCAGCACCAAAGUUAAAGCAACUCCUGCUGUGGUUAAGGCCGCGAGGCCUAUGAAAAAGGUUAAGAGAGAAGCCGAAGAUGAUUUGGAGUUGGAGAACAAUAAGAAAGACGUGACUGAGAAGGAACAACCUGUUUCGACGGAGAUGAUGAAAGGAAUAGCUGAUCGUAUUCAACGGAUAGAAGAAAAGAUUUAUUUGUUGAUCUCAUCGAGUAGUUCAAGUAGUGGAGUUGGUGCAGCUGUUAAAACUGGCUCCGUAAAAGCCGAGCCAGAACGAAGUUCGUCUGAUGAUGAGCCUGCCGAGAAAAAGGCUGAAGAAGAUACCAAGACUCUUAAAGAGGAAAGCACUAGUGAUGAUUCUAGCGAGGAAUCUGAUGAAAAAGAGAUUGAUACUCGUUUUGGCCCUGUUGGUGGUCUUUUUGUCGGUGGUCCUUUUCGCGGUGGUCGGUGUGGUGGUCUUCGCCAAUGUACAAGAUGUUGA